GAUGUGGUGUUCCCAUGACUACACAGUCUGAGACAUUCUACUCUCCUGGCUACCCCAAAGGUUAUCCGUACAAUGCAAAAUGUGUGUGGGAAAUAGAAGUUCCCAGUGGAUAUGUGAUAAGCUUGCAGUUAAGGAAAUUUUCUUUGGAAGUGUCUUACACCAAGUGGCCAAAUUGCCCAGAUUAUGUUAUUGUCCGUGAUGGCAUCAACAGCUGGUGUGACAAACUAAAAGCACUUUGUGGAGGGGCAGAAGACUGGAAUGAGGAAAUUGUUUCUACUGGAAAUGGUAUGAGGGUGGAGUUUGAAUCCAGCAAGAAUGGCUCAGCUUCAGGCUUUAUGGCAACAUACAAAGCAACUCCAGUUGAUGAAGUUUUAAAGGAAGAAGAUGAGGAAAUGAUUGACUUUAGUCGUCACUACACUGGAAUUGUGAUAGGCGUGGCAUGUGCUGCAAUCUUUGCAAUCCUAUCAAUCAUUACAUUUAGCCACACCAAGAGGAGAUUACAGGAGCGUCGCCAUGGCAGCCUGACACAGAGUGGUGGUAGACAGAUCUCUUAUUCUGAUAAUGACAUCUUUCAACAAAAUGCUCCACCCACUUAUGACGAUGUUAUGCGCUACCCAGAGCUGUACCCACCGACACCAUGUCAAGGAUCAUUAGCCAAUACUCCGGCAGCGACCCCAAGAAGGGGGUCUCCUGUCUCAACCCCUACGACACCACGCCGCUCUCUCGACAGACAGAGAUCACCAAUGGUUAUUCCGAAAAUUGGAACACCCGUGGGAAUGCCACUUUUUAACCCACGGCCGAGACCAUCGAGUUCACUACAAAGUACCCUGAGUGUUUCUAUACAGCGGGGUAUUUCCCCUUUGGCCCGGGCUGAAUUAACUCCGCAGCAGUCCCGUCAAGCAGAUCAUCUGUCUUCCGAUGAACACGAUGAUGAUGAUGACGAUGACGAGCUGCCGCCAUACCCGGGUAUUACGGGGCAACCUACAAGGGGAGAUUACACUGCUCUCAGCAUGGACGUUGAUUCUGUUUUGGAUCAAGUUAGAGAGACGUUGGAACAAAGAAGGUUCACUCUGCGACGUGGAUCAAACCCUUCCUUAAGUGACAAUAACUCAGUGCAUUCUCGCGUCAGUGGAACAGUAAAUGCUCAAAGUGGUUCGCUACCUUUUUCUGGUGUUGUGAACAAUUCAGGACCGCUCCAGGAAAGAACUGAACCGAACAAAACUCCAAAUACAUCAUUAUCAAGUGUUGAUGGUAACGGUUAUAUUAAUCCAUGGAUAUCUUCUAAAAAUCCACGCGGGAACAGAUAUGGAGGUAUCUUAAGAUCUAUUGAAUCAGAUGUAUGAGGUUUAAGUAUCGGGCGAUGCCUCACAAAGGAUGGCUUUACAAGUGGAGGCCCUCGGAUUUCAAGGCCCAUGUGAGGGGCAUUAUACUAUUAACAUAUACGUUUUAGAUUUUCUUACAGAGCUAAACGAUCGAAUCUUAAAUAAUCCGUUAGUGUUGCCUGUUUUGAGGGACUAUAUUUAUAACCUUGCGGUUCAGAUAGUCACAGAAUUUGUUGUCUGACUUGACCUCGACAGUAUGGUUAGGGAGGACACAUGACUCCCUUAAAUUGUCCACAUAGGGAUACCCUGCUAGGAAGGGGGUCUGUUUUAGAGUUACAGCGUAGUGUAUUUAAAAGGAAGGGGAGGGAAUCUCAUGAGUCGACGUGUAGAGGACGAUAACGUUUUCUACGUUCGGCCUGUGUACAUUUUAGGCGGGUUACUUGAAAGAAAUGGUAUUUUGAAUUGCUCUAUUAAUGGUCAAAACAGUUCUUUUGUAUUUCCUCCCUCAGUAUACACGUAACCCACUAGUCUCCGAUGCCCUCCAAAAUCUUCCGUUUUAAGUAAUAUUGUCAUGCCAGGCUCGACAAGCAACGGGUUUUAUGGUUAUUUCGCAUAGAAAUCCAUUUAUUUCUGGCGUAUAUUUUUAACUUGAACUUUUUGUUGAAAGGAAGUUAAAUUAAAGCAUACCUGUACCCCGAUUAAUAUAAUUGAAAGAGAGUUAUAUCAAACAUGGAAUAAAGUAAAUAGUUAUAUGUCCAGUUUA